AUGCUGCAGCACGAAAUAAGCAAAUACCUCUUGGACCUUCGGCGCAGCCCGGAGCAAUUUGUAGCCCACAUUAAGAAGUCGGCUGCAGGGAUCAUCCUCAGGAUGACGUACGGGUACCAGAUCAAGGGCGAAAAAGAUCCUUUAGUUGAGAUUGUCGACAAAGCAAUGGCUCAGUUCAAUCUGCUUGUACUUCCGGGGACCUUUCUUGUGGAUUUUUUCCCGAUUUUGGAGCAUAUCCCAUCCUGGGUACCGGGUACUGGCUGGAAGCGGAGGGCUCUACAUGCCCGUCAAGACACAGACGCCAUGCUCGACGUGCCAUACAGCAUUGUUGAGAAGGAAAUGACCGCGGGCACAGCUACUCCCAGUUUUCUGUCGAUGAACAUGGAGGGCAACCAGGAUCCUACUGAAGAAUUUCGAAGUAUUCUUAAGAUGACAGCUGGUGCACUCUACGCUGGUAAAUUUCUUACUAUUUCUCACCCGAAUCGCUCAAUCGAUAUACCCCGGUCUCUAGGUGGCUCUGAUACCAUUGUCUCUACUCUUCACAGCUUCUUCUUGGCUAUGGCUUGCUAUCCUGAGAUACAAAAGAAGGCGCAGCAAGAGAUUGACGCUGUUAUUGGCAACGAUCGACUCCCGACCCUAGCUGACCAGGAUUCGCUACCUUAUGUCAAUGCAUUGUGCACCGAGCUCCAUCGGUGGAACCCUGUUGGUCCGCUCGGCGUUGCCCAUCGUCUCAUUCAAGAUGACGUCUACGCCGGAUAUUCUUUCCCGAAGGGGACUCUGAUCAUAGUAAACAUCUGGAAAAUCCUCCGCAAUCCUGAAAUCUACAAGAAUCCAUUGGACUUCAACCCUGGCAGGUUCAUGGGCGCAGAACCCGAACCAGAUCCUCGUCCUGUCGCAUUUGGAUUCGGCAGAAGAAUCUGCCCUGGCCUCUACUUCGCGGACGCGUCCAUUUUCCUAUCAUGCUCUAUGAUGCUUGCCGUGUUUGAUGUCUCCAAGGCUGUGGAGUACGGGAAAGUGAUAGAGCCUGUCAUUGAGUAUACGAGCGGACUAGUCAGCCAUCCGGUCCCGUUCAAGUGUUCGAUCAAGGCUCGAUCCGCGAAGGCCGAGGCAUUGCUGGACUCGAUAGACUCUGAAGCCUCUCAUGACUAG